UCCUGCGCGGCGUGUCUCCGCGUCCAACAUGUGAUGUUAGAAAGAGUAGCUGUAUCAUCAUCAUCAUCAUCAUUAUUAAUAUUAGUAUUAGUAUUAUUUUAUAGACUUCCCGGUUGAUCCCUGUAGUUCCGGGGAGGCCGCGGGACAUCCGGAGAGCUCAGCGAUGGUGGAUUUCUCCGGGAAUGGUGCAGUGUCGCCCGGGCACAGCAGGCACGGACCGGGCUCCGGUAAUAACGGGAAGAAAACGUCGAAAAAGUCGCGAACGAGACGAGGCAAGCGAGGCCGGAAAAGAAGGAAUAAAAAGAACAACAGGAACAACAAAACGCCGCCGCCGUAUUUCCCCCCGGAGGCGGAAGAAGGAAACAUUGAGUACAAGCUGAAGCUGGUCAAUCCAACGCAGUAUCGCUUCGAGCACCUGGCCACGCAGCUGAAGUGGCGCCUGCAGGAGGGCCGCGGCGAGGCCGUCUACCAGAUCGGCGUGGAAGACAACGGCCUGCUGGUCGGCCUGACCGACGCCGACAUGAAGGCCUCGCUCAAGACCUUGAAGAGGAUGGCGGAGAAAGUCGGUGCCGACAUCACUCUCCUCCGAGAGAGGGAGGUGGACUACGACUUGGACAGGAACACGCGCAAAAUCGCAGAAGUCCUGGUUCGAAAGGUCCCCGAUGACCAGCAGUUCCUGGACCUGCGGGUGGCGGUCCUGGGCAACGUGGACUCGGGGAAGUCGACCCUGCUGGGCGUCCUGACGCAGGGCGAGCUGGACAACGGGCGAGGCCGAGCGAGGCUCAACCUCUUCAGGCAUCUGCACGAGAUCCAGACCGGACGCACCUCCAGCAUCAGCUUCGAGAUCCUCGGCUUCAACAGCAAAGGAGAGGUGGUGAACUACAGCGAGUCCCGGACGGCUGAGGAGAUCUGCGAGAGCUCCUCCAAGAUGAUCACCUUCAUCGAUCUGGCCGGACACCACAAGUACCUGAAGACGACCAUCUUCGGCCUCACCAGCUACUGCCCCGACUUCGCCAUGCUGGUGGUGAGCGCCAACACCGGCAUCGCCGGCACGACCCGGGAGCACCUGGGCCUGGCCAUGGCGCUGAAAGUUCCCAUCUUCAUCGUGGUCAGUAAAGUGGACCUGUGCUCCCGCGGCACCGUGGACAGAACCGUCCGCCAGCUGGAGCGACUGCUGAAGCAGCCGGGCUGCAACAAGGUGCCGAUGGGCGUGGCCAGCCCGGACGACGCCGUGACGGCCGCACAGCAGUUCACCCAGUCUGCAUGCAUCACGCCCAUCUUCACCCUCUCCAGUGUGUCGGGAGAGAGUCUGGACCUCCUGAAGGUUUUCUUGAACAUCCUCCCUCCACUGAGCAACAGCAAGGAGCAGGAAGAGCUGAUGCAGCAGCUCACCGAGUUCCAGGUAGAUGAGAUCUACUCUGUUCCUGACGUUGGGACUGUGGUGGGAGGAACUCUGUACAGCGGAGUGUGUCGGGAGGGCGAGCGGCUGGUGGUCGGUCCCACUGACGAGGGCCGCUUCCUGCGCCUGAAGGUGGGCAGCAUCCAGAGGAACCGCUCGGCCUGCCGGGUGCUGAGGGCCGGGCAGGCGGCCACGCUGGCUCUGGGGAACUUUGACCGCUCGCUGCUGCGCAAGGGGAUGGUGAUGGUCAGCCCCAAGAUGAACCCGACCAUCUGCUGUCAGUUCGAAGCCGCCAUCGUCCUGCUCUUCCACGCCAAGACCUUCCGCCGGGGGUCACAGGUCACCGUGCACGUGGGCAACGUCAGGCAGACGGCCACCGUGGACUGCCUGCACGGGAAGGACGAGCUGCGUACGGGCGAGCGAGCCGUGGUUCGCUUCUGCUUCAUCAAGCACCCCGAGUACCUGCGACUGGGCGCCAAGCUGCUCUUCAGGGAGGGCGUCACCAAAGGCAUCGGCCACGUCGCCCGCCUGCUGCCCGCCUCCCAGAACCACGACCAGAACCAGAACCACGACCAGAACCUGCAGCAGGACCAUCAGAGACCUCCGCCCGACCGAUGCUGAGCUCCGUGAGAACCCCCGGCCGGGCGGACGCCAUCCAUGCAUCUGCUUCUCUCGCUCCCUAAUCCUCCCGUCCUGGAUCUAUACUUCCGUCCUGCUCAUCAUCAUCAUCAUCAUCAUCAUCAUCAUCAUUUUCCUCCCAGCAGACGUCAAUGUCUUGAGUUAAAGCCGGUUGACCUCGGUGGAUUUAACCCUGGACGAUAAAUCUGAUACCGUCAUGCGGCUGUCAUGAGAAGACAGCGGGAUUUAUUUUUAUUUUUUGUUGGGGGGGCGGAUUUGAGAAGGACUGGUUUUAAAGAGACCGGACAGGAAGGACUGAGCGGUCCGUUCGCCCACAGCACAACAAAACAUCUGCACGCGCUCAGACCAAAAUAUUAAAUCUGAAGAGAGAGAGGGGAGGGGGGGGGGGGUUCUAC